AUGGAUAAUAUCAAUCAGCGUCUCGUCUGUAUUCUUGUCAAUUGGUUACUUCUUACUAGCCUGAUUUCUAUAGCAGAAGCAUACACCUCAACAAUUGAUUACGGAACAAUAGACAUGACAACAGAUUUGCUACUUUCUACAACGCCAGAGGAAACCACGCCGGACGUGUUUUAUACUACAACAGUCACGGGAACCACUGCAACCACGUCGACAACAACGCAUACACCAACCUCCGACUCUAUGUCCACAAGAGAACCUACCACUACAUUCGUACCGACCACUGAGUUGAAAACAACUGGAAUGGAAACUACUGAUUACAAAACCACAGGCGUCGGGGUAGAGCCGUCCACCAGUCCCAGUGAAAGUACAUCACAAUCUGCAAGUGCAGCGACUAAACUAUCGACCACCGAUGUGAGUUAUACUACAACAGUCACGGGCACCACUGAGACGCCGUCGACAACACGGUACACAUCAACCCCCGACUCUGUGUCCUCAGGAAAAACUACCACUACAUUCGUACCGACCACUGAGUUGAAAACAACUGGAAUGGAAACUACUGAUUACAAAACCACAAGCGGCAGGGUAGAGCCGUCCAUCAGUCCCAGUGAAAGUACAUCACAAUCAACACGCGCAACGACUGAACUAUCGACCACCGAUUCGCCAAUUGUAUCCACGCAAGAUAAGGUCACCACGCUACAGCAAACUACUGCUACGAUAACAACUCCUCAUUCAACUACGGUUUACACAACCGAUGAGCAAACCACAGUUACCGAAGAGCCAACAACCACAAAACCCAACACGACACCACAAGGGUCAACAUCAAAGACAACUACAUUAAUCCCAGAACCAAUAACAACAAAAUCACCGUCCCCUACUAACGUACCAAGCACCUCUGGGAAAACAUCCUCUCUUCGUAGUUCAACCAAAAUCAUGACAUCUAGCCAAACUAUAUAUUCAAGCCUAGUGACAACUCCUGGAAAACCAACGACUGGCGAAACCGAUGGGUCAACUACAGGCGCCAUUAUUAUAACUAUGAGUGUAGUGAUCAUCUUACUACUUCUACUUCUACUAGUCGCAUUGUUAUACUGUAGAAGACACCGAAACAGGCCUACUGGCGGUGUUGAGAAACCGACCAGAAUAACUUCAGAUUUAUUUCAAAUGUUUGAGUUUUCCCGUGACAAUCUGGCUUUUGAGGGAAUAAUCGGCAAAGGCAAUCACACUCAAGUAAUGAAGGCUAAAGCAUGGAAGAUAGGCGUGAGCAGUGACGUCAGUACUGUUGCCGUCAAAAUGCUGCAUGAUGAGGCAAGAAAUGCGGACAGAGAUGUGUUAUUGGCAGAACUGGAGACCACUAGGCGAAUACCAUCACACCCAAAUAUUAUAUCGUUGCUAGGGUACUGCGUCGAUUAUGACCCUUACUAUAUCAUUUACGAAUACGCUACGUUGGGACAUCUUCAACAUUAUUUGAGAAGCAUUAGAGAAGAAAUAUAUUACGGUGACAAUGUCGCUAAGGAUAUCAAGAAGUCAACAAUUGGUGAAUUGUUGCUACAAUUUGCGGAAGAGAUAGCUGAAGGGAUGACAUACCUUGCUCAAUCAGAGAUCAUUCAUGGUGACCUUUCAAGUCUUAGUAUACACGUCACUGAAAAUGACGGAGUCAAAAAAUGUAAAAUAUCUGACAUAGGCAAGAAAUCCGGACAGCGGGGGAACUUGGAUUCAUACGGAAAGAAGCGUCUGCCAAUACGAUGGAUGUCUCCUGAAUCGAUGCGAGAAGGGGAGUACACAACGAAAUCUGAUGUUUGGUCUUUUGGUGUAGUUGUAUGGGAAAUAGUAACUCUAGGUGCAACACCCUACUUCACAAUGUCGUCAUCGGAGGUGGAACGCGAAGUUAAGAAUGGUGGUCGAUUGAAUAAACCUGAACAUUGCAGCGAUAGCUUGUAUUCAAUCCUCCGUGAAUGCUGGAUUGACGAGCCAAAGCUGAGGCCGACAAUGAAGAAUAGACAGAAAAAGUUACUUCAACUCAGAAGUGCAGAGAAUUUUACAGAACAUAUCGAAAUGGCUGACUUUAAUCCAAAUUUGUUUGGUUUGGUUGACAAAUCGACGCCUGGAGAAAGGUGUUAG